AUGGCCCUCUUCGACGUCCCAGGCUGGACUGUGCCCACGGCACCCGUCGCUGGAGACACGUCAAGGAAGCGAAAACGAAAGGCCGAGCCACAGGACGAGAAAGUGCAGUCGGCAACAAUCAACUUUGAAACACUCAUGGAGAAACUCGAGGCGAGUCAGACAGACGGGCAGGGAAGUCUGCGCAAGAAGCAGAAGAAACAGGACAAAAAGGGGACGACCCCACAAGGUAGCAAGGGCGCAGCUGCACCGGACCGCGCAGAGCGGCCGCGGGAAGGUGGAAAGCGCAGGGAGAAGAGAAGGAAUGCACCGCAGGCACCAGGUGCCACCGAGUCCCUCGCUACGCCUGCACGGAAGGGGAAGAAGGGGGAAAAAGAGAAACAUUCGAGCGAGCCGCCGCAGGCGGCUGUCCCUGCACGGCAGGCAGACAAGGUUUCCCAAAAACCGGAGGGUCUGACUGCGCUUCAGGCAGGGAUGAAAAGCAGCCUCGACGGGGCCCGUUUCAGAUGGAUAAACGAACUGCUUUACAAGUCUGACAGCGCGCACGCGCACGAGCUGAUGCGCGAGGAUCCCAAGGUGUACGAGGAGUACCACACAGGCUUCCGGCACCAAGUGCACUCGUGGCCGACGAAUCCCGUCUCCCACUUUGUCUCCCUUCUGGCAGAGUAUCCCCCGAAGACAGUCAUCGCCGACCUGGGGUGUGGAGACGCCGCGCUCGCCCGCGCCCUCGUCCCGCGGGGAUUCGCCGUCUUUUCAUUCGAUCUCGUGGCUGACGGAGUCUUCGUCGUCGAAGCUGAUACAUGCGUUCACCUUCCAUUGCCGGGCUCUGAAGAGGGUGGCACGGAACCUGAUGCUGGUGUUCGCGGACACGGCGAGGGGGCAGUGGUCGACGUCGUGGUGUGUGCGCUGAGCCUCAUGGGCACAAACUGGCCGAAUUGCAUGCGCGAAGCGUGGCGGGUUCUCAGACCACAUGGUGAGCUCAAGAUAGCGGAAGUAGCGAGCCGAUUUACGGAUGUGGAUGCCUUCGUGUCGCUGGUGUGUUCGUUUGGCUUCCAACUAACGUCAAAGAACGAUGACAACACGCAUUUCACGCUGUUCGACUUCAAAAAGGUAGCACGAACGGCCAAAACCCAGAAGGAAUGGAAAAAGAUGCUGUCGCGUGGUAGCAUACUCAAGCCGUGCGAGUACAAACGUCGAUAA